CCUGUUAAUUUUUUAUCAAUAAAAUGUUAAUUUAUAUAUUUAGAAUUUAAUUGUACUGCCAGAAGAUAGAUUAAUAUGUUGUUUGAAAGCAUUCAUUAUAAGUGAUUUUUGGGAAAUGCGAAAUACUGGUGCAAUUUAUUUAUAUAUAUUGGCAGUUCAAAAGGGUCUCAAAUUUUUUGAAGACUAUUUAGAAAAGUCAUUUUUAAUACUGUUAACUGACCCAAAAUCAAUUGUUCAGAAAACUGCGAUGGAUAUAUUUAAACAAUUAGUAACAGAAUUUGGAAUGGAUUGGGCUCAAACAUAUAUAGUGCCAUACCUAAUCAAAUUAUCUUACUCAACAAAUACCUAUAACAAGAUAGCAUUUUUAUCAUUCGCUAAAGUAUGUGCAACAAUAAUGUGUACACAAUUAAGAGCAUUAAACAUAUGACAGAAUGCAGUGGAAUAA